CCAGGGGCAAGUUCAUCCUACUCUUGAGUCUAAUGAUGAUGCUCUUCAAUAUGUUGAAGAAUUAAUUUUACAAUUAUUAAAUAUGCUAUGCCAAGCUCAGCCCCGAAGUGCUUCAGAUGUAGAGGAACGUGUUCAAAAGAGUUUCCCUCAUCCAAUUGACAAGUGGGCCAUCGCUGAUGCCCAGUCAGCCAUUGAGAAGAGGAAGCGGAGGAACCCCCUGUCUCUCCCAGUAGAAAAAAUCCAUCCUUUGUUAAAGGAGGUUCUAGGUUAUAAAAUUGACCACCAGGUCUCUGUUUACAUAGUAGCAGUAUUAGAGUACAUUUCUGCAGACAUUUUAAAGCUGGUGGGAAAUUAUGUAAGAAAUAUACGGCAUUAUGAAAUUACAAAACAAGAUAUUAAAGUGGCAAUGUGUGCUGACAAGGUGUUGAUGGAUAUGUUUCAUCAAGAUGUAGAAGACAUAAAUAUACUUUCUUUAACUGAUGAAGAGCCUUCCACCUCAGGAGAACAAACUUAUUAUGACUUGGUGAAAGCAUUCAUGGCAGAAAUUCGACAAUAUAUAAGGGAACUAAAUUUAAUUAUAAAGGUUUUUAGAGAGCCCUUUGUCUCCAAUUCAAAAUUGUUUUCAGCUAAUGAUGUGGAAAAUAUAUUUAGUCGUAUAGUAGAUAUACAUGAACUUAGUAUAAAGUUACUGGGCCACAUAGAAGAUACUGUAGAAAUGACAGAUGAAGGCAGUCCCCAUCCACUGGUAGGAAGCUGCUUUGAAGACUUAGCAGAGGAACUGGCAUUUGAUCCAUAUGAAUCGUAUGCUCGAGAUAUUUUACGACCGGGUUUUCAUGAUCGUUUCCUUAGUCAGUUAUCAAAGCCUGGGGCUGCGCUUUAUUUGCAGUCAAUAGGCGAAGGUUUCAAAGAAGCUGUCCAAUAUGUUUUACCCAGACUACUUCUAGCCCCUGUUUACCACUGUCUGCAUUACUUUGAACUUUUGAAGGUA